CGUCUCCCGGAGGAGGCCGAGGGGCCUCGAAAGUGGAUGUGUGCCAUUGUGUUUUUGUGUUUCUACGGGUUUAUGGCAUCCGUCAAGCCGGGGGAACCUUUCAUUACGCCGUAUCUGCUCAGCACUGAGAAGAACUUCACCAAGCAGCAGCACCACUUCUGGACAAGAAGCAAUUAAGGGUGGAAAAUGGAUUUAUUGAUGUGGGCUGCAAGGCAACAGUUGUCUCCGUGUAGUUGAGCCGGGUGACCUUUUUGAAGUAAUGAUCCAUCUUACUGUGGUGAAAGCUCACAUUCCUCUUCUGAAAGUGGGUCAGGUUUGAAUGUUAGUAUUAGGGAAUGACUAUGACUAACUCUUAUUGGAAGGGGAACGUUUGAUUUGAACACCAGAACUCUGCAAAAAUACAGAUUUUUUUUUUGAAAGAAAUCACAUGUUUAUUUUGAUCAUGAUUAUGUUUGUCAUUUCUUUCAACAGUAAAGUUGGUCUUUGGUGGUCUUUCUGCCCGGAAGGGAGGGGGAGGGGGGGUUUCUUGAUAAAAGUGAACAGAGACUGAAAAUAUUUCAUCCAGUCAAACUCUUCCUGCCUGUUUGGAGGCGGGACACACGCAUGCGCAUGGAAAUAUAUUGAUUUUCCAGUUCAUUUUCAUUUAUUGUGCGAUGAAGUUAUCGUCCACACGCCUGGUGUCCACAAGAACCUGAGUGAAGCUGGCCCCCCCACCCCGCUCAAAACUCUAGUCAAAUAGUCUCAUAUUUUUAGUGCUACGUUUGUUCUGCUUUCAUUUUUGGGAUACAGUCAAACCUGUCUUAGUGGCCACCUUUAUAGAACGGCCACCUGCCUAUAGCGGCCACUAAAAAAUCCCCCGCAGCAAAUUUACAUGUUAUAGACCCUGUGUAUAGCAGUCACCCGUCCAACGCGGCCAGCGGCCACCCAUUUUGUCUCCCUUGGUCAAUAUCUGACUGCAUAUAGCGGCCAAAUUACCGACUCAAGUAGAAGCUUCAUGCAUGAAAAAGUUUUGUUUUUCAAUCAAUGAAGCCGUCGUGUGUAGACUUUAAUUACUGAGUCCUAGCUCAGUCACAAUCAUUCACAAGAUCCACACAAACUUCUUUGGAGCUUGCUAUUUCCUGGUCAAACACGUAACUUUAAGAGCAUUUGCACCAAAACAUUACCGCAAAGUAGGCUGGGAAACAGGACGUGCUCCCAGCGACGCUACAAUAAAAAAAAAAAACAUACGCUAGCAUGCAUGCGGCAGCGGGAGCAAAACUGAGUUUGGUUGUACUUAAUUGAAGUAUUUUAGAAUGUACUCACGUUAUUUUUCAUCAAUCCUCAUCCACAAAUCCAUCAAAGUCCUCAUCUUCUGUAUUCGACACAAACAAAGCCGUCUUCUUUUCCGUUCGCUACUAGUCUGUUAACUUGUCAGUGUUAUUCAGCUCCGAAGCAAAGAAGGAAACUUCUCCUGUUGCUUCUGCCAACUUUAUUUAUUGAACGCGGCCACCAGACAGCAGCUCAGAACACACACACAUCUCUCAGCAUCGUCUCUCCUUCCUGCUUGCCCACAAGGCAAAGGUUAAACAAGCCCCACUACAUAGCUGUCCAGCCAAUGCCUGUAACAAGUGACACCGUUUAUUUCCUGGUGUGCACUGGUCAAUACUGUAAUGCCGCUUGUUGUGGGGAAGGAGAGACUCACGUCGCCGAUGCACUUUAAUGGCUUUAUGAACAGCGGAGAACACUGCAGGACUUUACAUCCACGCCAACAUAAACACACUUCCCAACUCUCUCCAAACUCACAGCUAGCACUGAGCCUAGCUCUCCUGCUCGGGACGCCCACCGUCACUUCCCGUCACUUCCUGAUGAACUAAAGCUGUAAUGACACUCUGCCAUAUAAAAAGUAAAAUAUUAAAAACAAACGUAAGACAUUACUAGCACAGCUUUGUUCUGUGGGUGGUGGAUAUAUUCGAUCAGUUAUUAUUAAGCCUCUAGCUUCCUUUUAGUAAGUAAAAACCUUGGCUAUGAUUGCACUACAUUGUCAUGUAGACCUACAAAGUACACUUGGAAGAACAAGAGGUGAAUAAAUGUAUUGCAACUGAUGUGAAACUGAUGAGGGGUAGGAUUAAAUAAGCUUUGCUUCUUACUACUCCUUUUUGGACAUGCAAAAUUGUGAAUUGUACUAUGUGAUGUGCUACUGUUUGACUCAUGCAUGUUCAGGAUUAAAACCAUGAACCAUGAUAAUAACAAGCCUAGUAGUGCUGUACAACUUUUAUCCGCAGUGCCAUCUACUGGUAAACAUUAUUUUUUUUCCCCUUUUUUCCCUUUUUUUUUUUUUUCCUCUACUGGUCAACAUUCAAACUGGAUGCCAACCUGUCUAUAGAGGCCACCUGUCUAUAGCGGCCACUUUUGCAGACUCCCUCUAGUGGCCGCUAUACACAAGUUUGACUGUCAACCAAAGCUCACCUAGCCUCCGACAUGCUCAGAAUGAAACCAAAAUAGUCUCAUUUUUUGUGCCACAUUAGUGCAGUUAAAAUUAAUGUUUUGUACAAUUAAAAUGAACGCUUGUGCUAUCAUACUUUUUGAGUUAUUAAAGAUUUAGUUUGCCAGCGGUUACACAAUCAGGUGAUGAUGUCAUCGCCACCCAGCGUUCUCUGCAUGGAACCAAAAUGGUCUCAUUUUUUUGUCUUUGUUUGUGCUGUUUGGUCCAAAUAAAAUAAAUUUGUUUUAAUAAUAUUAAUUAUUACUUAAAGUGGACGACAGCGAAGUUGGUUACUCACACCAGGUGUCACUCAUUGGUACCAGACGAGCCGCAGCAACAACAAUAGGAUCAUUUCCGGGGCGCAUAGUAGGAUGUGACUUCAUCACCGGAGAAGUCUUUUAAACCACAAAUUCAUCCAUUUUCCUCCACUUAUCCGCGUCGUGGGGGCAGCAGUCUCAGUAGGGAAGUCCAGACUUCCUGGUCCCUGGCUACCUCUUCCAGUUCCGCUGAGUUCCCAGGCCAGCUGUGAGACAUAAUCCCUCCAGUGUGUCCUGGGUCUGUCCUGGGACCUUCUCCUGGCUGUGCAUACCCAGGAGUCUCUACUCCGAGCUCCUCCCCCUAUCUUGUAGGGGGAGUCCAGCCACUGGACUCCCUCGACGCCUUGGCUGCGCCUAGAAAUUGUGUCCAUGAAAAUGAUGAACAGAAUUGGUGACAAAGGGCAACCUUGGCGGAGGCCAACGUUCACCGGAAACAGGCUGGACUUCCUGCUGGCAAUGCCAACCAGGCUCCUGCUCCAGUUGUACAAGACCCAAUGGCACGUAGUAGCACCACCAAUCCUGUACUCCCAGAGUACCCCCCCACAGGACACCAUGAAGGACACGGGCGAAUGGCUUUUCCAAGUCCACAAAGCACAUGUAGACCAUAUGGGCAAACUCCCAAGUACCCUUGCAAGGGUGUAGAGCUGGUCCAUUGUUCCACGACCACGACGAAAACCACAUUGCACCUCCUGUAGCCGAGGUUGGAACUAACGGUGGGACCCUUCUCUCCAGCACCCUGGAAUAGACGUUCCCAGGGAGGCUGAGGAGUAUAGUUGGAACACACCCUCCGGUCACCCUUCUUGAAUAGGGGGUCCACCACCCCAGUCUGCCAACCCAGAGGUACUGUUCCCCACUUCCACGCAGUGUUGAAGAGACGUGUCAGCCGAGACAGUCCCUCAGCAUCCAGAGCCUUGAGGAACUCUGGGUGAAACUCAUUGCAAUCAUCUAGUUAUAGCUAAUGAACUCAUUCCCUGGCCCACUCACCAGCCAUCUACAAAGCUUCAUGGACGGCCACUGCAGGAAGUGAUGCUGUGACCAAUGAGAUCACACCGGUGCUGACGUACUCCUACAUGGCCGUGCUGGUUCCAGCCUUCCUGCUGACCGAUCUUCUGCGCUACAAACCAGUUCUGGUCGUCCAGGGUGUCAGUCAGGUGGUUAUCUGGCUCAUUCUGUUCCUGGGUACCUCGCUCAUUCAGAUGCAGUUCAUGGAAUUCUUCUACGGCGUCACGAUGGCGUGCCGUGUGGCGUACUCCUCCUACAUCUUCUCCCUGGUCACUCCUGGCCUCUACCAGCGCGUGGCCAGCUACUCUCGCUCCUCCGUCCUCUUGGGAGUGUUCACCAGCUCCGUGCUCGGACAGCUUUUCAUCUCCGUGGGCAAGAUCACGUACACCACCCUCAGCGCUAUUUCUUUGGGUUUUGUCAGCUUUGGUCUGGUGCUGUCGCUAUGCCUGCCCUGGCCACGGCGCUCCCUGUUCUUCAACCAGGCACGGAAGCAGGAGCACAGAGAGGUGGCGGCACGAGUCGCCAGCAAGGCAGAACUAGACCAGAUGAAUCCUAAGGGUGGCGGGUUGACCGCCGCCCUGACGCCCUGUUCUGCAUCCCGCUGGAAGGAUUCCAUCUUUGUGCAGAUGCUGAUGGAGUUGAGAACGGUGGUGUAUAGACCCAACCUGCGACUGUGGUCCCUGUGGUGGGUGUUCAACUCCACGGGGUACUACCUGGUGUUGUUCUACGUCCACAUCCUGUGGAGCAACUUCUCCAUAUCCACCGAGAACAAGAACGUUUACAACGGAGGUGUGGAGGCUGCUUCUACCCUACUGAGCGCUUUGGCCGCCUUCAGCGCAGGCUUUGUGAAAAUCCGGUGGAAUAUCUGGUCAGAGCUGGUCAUCGCUGUGAUCACGGCCUUGCAGGCUGGCCUUCUGCUGCUGAUGGGCAUUACCGACAACCUCUGGGUCUGUUACGUGUCCUACGUCCUCUUCAGGGGCUUCCACCAGUUCCUGGUGCCCAUUGCCACUUUUCAGAUAGCGUCGUCGCUGACCAAGGAGCUCUGUGCCCUGGUGUUUGGCAUCAACACCUUCUUAGGAACCAUCCUGAAGACCAUCAUCAACCUGAUAUUUGCUGAUAGGCGGGGCCUGGCUUUGGAUGUGCACAGUCAGUUCCUGGUGUACUUCAUUUACUUCAGCGUGCUCACCGUCAUCUACUUCGUAAGCGCUGCCGUCGUGAUCAUCCGUCACUGUAGGAACCAAGGCAGGGCAGGCCGGCGGUCCGAGCCGCCUGAGCUCAGCAACGUCGCUGCUGAAGCGGAACCUUUAUCCAGCAGCAACAAUGCCAAGACAUAAGUCCUGCACCUCUGAGGAACGUCUAAGCCUUUUGAAUGAGCCUUUCUGGUGCUCGAGUGCCUCACCUGCUAGCUGAUACAGGUGUCACGUAUGAAAGGUUUUUUUAAUCCAAUGCACUUUUAAUGACAUUAAACGUCAGUGUUGGGGGACCCCUCCCUCACGAUGGCCAGGAUGAGCUGCUGUUGUGUCAGCACGAUCAUGAGGGCACCACGCUAAAUCCUAAUCCUAAUUUUCUUAGCAGGGACGAUCACGUUGUAAAGAAGUUCUGAUUCCCAGCACUCAUGUCAGGUGCACGAACUCACCAAAUGCUCUUGUUAAUAGUUUUUAGCUACAAAUGCAAUGAAACAGGUGGGAUUUGAAGAUGAAUAAAGGAUCUUGAGUUGUUUUAUUUUCAGCCCACAUUGGAAGUUUUUCCAUUUUGGCUGCUCUGACCCCCCCAGGAGUGGUGCUGGAUCAUGAUGGGAAUGUAGUGUUACUAAUGGAAGCAAUGAGUAGGAUUAUAUGUGAAAAUGUAAAUUGAUGUUGGAAUAUUGCUGAUCAAUGAUAUCUGUGAACUUGCCCGAUUGCUGUAAAACAAAUGGAACCAGAUUUUUGUUUGUUUUCAGAAUAAAAGGAUGAAAUGUA